AUGGCGGGGAGCGAUCGGGGCAGGGACGGCUCGAUAGUAACUGAGGCGCCUCAGAUGCUUCACGACCUGAAUGCCUCAGUGAAGACUCCAGCCGUCGACAGAACUGAGAACACUGAGAUCCUCGAAGAGACUGAGCUGGAGGAAGAGAACCACGCGAGCCUGCUGGCCGGGGCGAGGGCGGAGAGUGAGCGCACCGGCGAUAAGCUCGACCCAAUCCUCGGCCGGCCGAGACCGUACUGA